AUGUAUGGCAAAGUCCCACAGGAUGCAAUCGAUCUAAGGAGGCAGUCUCUGGGGACCUCGCUCUUCACUGGCGAGCUGUACUGUCGUUUGGCGGCAUUCCUCUCACGCGAGGACGAUUUUGUUGAUGCCAAAGUCAAAGUCACCGCACUCCAAAACCUCGUGUCAGAUAGCAAGCCGGAUAGAAACUCUCACUCGAAAGAAUGGAGCUUUGUUUCCUGCUUCAAUAUGGCGGACUUGCCAGGGCUUGCAAAACAACUCUUCCCAGAAGGGCCGAGUCAGCUUGCUUGUAAAGACUGUCUACUUUACCAUCCGGCUAUCGUUUUCAUUCAAGGCUAUCAGCUUCCUCAAUGCUUGAAAAGCCUUGGCCACAUGUUCAAAAUCAAUCCUCUCUUUUAUCAACGCCAUAUGGAGUACUUCUUGCCAUCGACGCCUUCGAGGCUAUUUGACACUUCAGUCCUCCCGUCAGACACCCUGAAUAUCAUCCGCUUACGGAUUGUAACGAUAGGGGAUCGUGGGGACAAUGCUUGGGGCAGUCCUUCUCAAAUUGACAAUCUACGCGCCAUGGGUCAAUCAGACAUGGUCGAGUACGUACACCGCCUUUGUCGGCAGGACGGCUUGGAAGCAGGCAACUCGGUAGUACGAGCCUUCAAUGUUCACAGCGCCCAGUACUUCUCGAUUGAGCAAGACAUCACCGUGAUUGUUCAAAGCUCCAAGUCCGGGGGGUGGGCUCUUCUGGUAUGGACAGACUUUGGCGAUGGCCUGGCCUGCGGGCCAAGAGGUCCAUGGCAUCCCAAGACAUCUGGGCGCAGAUCCGAGAAGAUGUUUCUCCCACACAUCCGCCACUUCCCCAUCGACGUAAUGACUGGAACUGUGACAGCCAAUGGCACUAGCUCUCAAAGUGGUGCAAACUCGCCGUCGAGUUUCGAUCAGUCCGGGCUGCUGUUGGCAGAAGGCUAUGGGGAAACGCUGGAUCCGGCCCUUCUGAAGGUUGAUUCCUUUUACGCCAUGUCAGAGCUGUUCCAUCACUCAGCAAGCUCAAUUUGCCAACUGCUUAACGUCAUUCAGUCCAUCAUAGAUGACUGUACAGGCUACAAGCUCUCGAAAUCACCCAGCCACAGCCUGGCUAACCUGGCCUACCACCUUGACAUUCUGAACCGCCUGGAGAAUGGACUUUGCGAGAAUCUCCUCGCUCUCAAAGGCCACGAGAGCGCAAAGUGGCCAAAAAACUACAAAAACUCCCCGGAUGGAGAGGCCAAUGCGCAGGCGGCCAUCAAUGCAAAGCUGGAUCUUUUGAUUGUAGAUUUUGAGAAACUCAUAUCCCGCGUCGAGAGCCUCUCAGCACGCUGCCGAGGUGGCAUGUCAAUCUGCAUGAGUAGCGCGUCUAUUGAAGAGUCUCAGCGUGCAAUCAAGCAGGCGCGACAGAUUGAGCUGCUGACCUGGUUUGCAUUCUUGUAUAUUCCCCUAUCAUUCACUACCUCAUUCUUUGGAAUGAAUGUACAAUCUUUUGGAACUGGGAACGUGAGUCUAAAAGUUUGGUUUGCUGUUUCCAUCCCACUUGUUGCUGUGUCCUAUCUGGUUCUCAUACUGGCCAGGUUGCAGCGAGUCCGGGCAUGGUUCAAGGUAACAUUUCAGGGAGUAAGAGGUUGGAUCGAGUCAACAUUUGGGAUCUGA